AUGAAGCCUCCAGAUGAUUUAUGGUGCUUUUGCGCGAGAAACAAAGAGCCCCCGACACGUUUGAAGUGCGCAGGCGAUUGCAACUUUGCGAAGCCCUUGGCAGCAUGCGGUUACAGCCAAGGCAGAGACGAUGACCUGGACUGGGAGCAGGUGAACGCCAGGGAGAAGACAUCCUCCGAUCCAUGGAUGCCCUCAGGUUCAGCUUUCAUGAUGGUCAACACCUCAGGACGCUUUUCCGGACAGAAAGCCCUACUUCUGACUCCCCAGCUACGAGAAAACGACACUCACUGCGUCAUCUUCCAUUACUACAUCGGCGGCCGGGACAACAGCCACCCUGGUCAUCUGAAUGUCUACAUCAAAGAGAACAACAGCCCCAUGGGGACUCCCGUAUGGAACGUGUCUGCCCCGGCAUCUCGCGCUUGGGGUCAGGUGGAGCUGGCAGUGAGCACCUACUGGCCAAACUUCUACCAGAUUGUGUUUGAAGCUGUAACCUCCGGGCAGCGCGGCAUGCUGGCCGUCAAAGACGUCGUGGUUCAAGGCCACCAGUGCAUGAACACUCCACACUUCCUGACGAUAAAGGGAGUUGAGGUCAACGCUGGACAGACUGCAUCUUUUCACUGCACUGUCAAUGGACGCAAGCGAGACAAUUUUCACCUCUGGCUUCAGGGAAUGGGUGGACGUGAAGCCCCGAUGAAGGCCACUAAACCUUGGAACAACCGCCGCUUCAUUGGUACCUUUGACGUGGAAAACACCACCAAAGGUGACUCUGGCCGGUACCGGUGCAUCGUUCACUCGGACAAAGGGGUCGGCGUGUCUAACUACGGGGAGCUGACCAUAAAGCAGCCUCCAGUGCCAAUCGCGCCACCCCAGCUGACAGCCGUGGGCGCAACCUACCUUUGGAUUCAGCUUAAUGCCAACUCCAUCAAUGGUGACGGCCCCAUCGUGGACCGAGAGGUAGAGUACCGGACUGUGUCGGGCACCAUGUACGACCUGCAGCCCGUUGACAAGACCACGCACAAGAUUGGACACCUGGACCCCGACACAGAGUAUGAGAUCAGCGUGCUCCUCACCAGGCCUCUGGAAGGUGGCACUGGUGCACCCGGACCACCACUGAGAGCCCGGACCAGAUGUGCUGAACCCAUGCACGGGCCCCGCCGUCUGGAGGUGCUGGAUGUCCAGUCCAAGCAGGUGACUGUGCGCUGGGAGCCGCUGGGCUACAACGUGACACGUUGCCACAGCUACAACCUGACGGCGCAGUACCGCUCGCGGGUGGGCGGCAAGGACGAGACCCGGGAGGAAGUGUGCUACGAGGUGCAGGGCCGCGACCCGCAGCAUACUAUCCACAACUUGACGCCCUAUACCAACCUUAGUGUUAAGCUUGUGCUGCGCAACCCGGAGGGCGUCAAGGAAAGCGCCGAGCUGGAGGUGCAGACGGACGAAGACGUGCCCGGCGCCGUCCCGCUGGAGUCCAUCCAGGGCAGCGCCUACGAGGAGAAGAUCGUAGUCACGUGGCGAGAGCCGGCGCAGACCUAUGGUGUCAUCACUCAAUAUGAGAUCUCCUACAAGGCGGUGAGCUCCUUUGACCCCGAACUGGACCUCUCCAACCAGAGUGGUAAAGUGGCCAAGUUGGGCAAUGAGACCGCCCACGCAUUUUCGGGCCUUCACCCAGGCUCCACGUACUCUUUCACCCUACGCGCCAGCACAGCCAAAGGCUACGGCCCCCCUGCCAUCACCCAGUUCACCACCAAGAUAUCAGCGCCAUCCAUGCCGGCAUACGACCAGGAGACGUCGUUGAACCAGACAGAUAGCACAGUGACUGUCCUGCUAAAGCCUGCCCAAAGCAGGGGUGCCCCAGUGAGUGCCUACCAGGUGGUGGUGGAGGAGGAGCGUCCAAGACGUGCGCGAGGCACGGCCGAGAUCCUGCGCUGCUACCCGGUGCCCAUCCACUUCCAGAACGCGACACAAUUCAACUCCCAGUACUACUUUGCCGCCCAGUUCCCCGGCGGCGGCAUCCAUGCGCCGCAGCCCUUUACUGUGGGUGACAACAAGACCUACAGUGGAUACUGGAAUGCACCGCUUUUGCCCCAGAAGAGCUACAGCGUCUAUUACCAGGCUGUCAGCACUGCAAACGGGGAGACCAAAAUCGACUGUGUCCGAGUCGCCACCAAAGCUGCCAUCCUAGUGACUCAGCUCACCACGCCGUACCUCCGCAUUGCCCCAGCGGCCGGCGAUCACCAGCUGACAGGUGCCGCAACCCAUAAACCCAAUGCCGUGGAGCCGGAGAAACAGACGGACCACACGGUCAAGAUCGCCGGAGUCAUCGCCGGCAUCCUGCUGUUUGUCAUCAUCUUUCUUGGCGUGGUGCUCCUCAUGAAAAAAAGAAGAACCUAUCACUCCUACACUUACUACCUGAAACUGGCCAAGAAACGCAAAGAGACACUAAACAGUACCCGCCAGGAGAUGACUGUGAUGGUCAACUCUAUGGACAAGAGCUACACGGAACAGGGCACCAACUGCGAUGAGGCGCUCUCCUUCAUGGACACGCACAGCCACAAGCUCAACGCUCGCAGCGAGUGCGCGCUCACCACCGUCAACGCGCGCAGCGAGUGCGCGCUCACGCUCAAUGCGCGAAGUGAAUGUGCGCUCACCCUCAACAGUCGAGGCGGAUCGUCCCCCUCCUCCUUCACGUUGCCCAAAGCCAACACGCUCAGCACCUCCAUCCCGACCAGCGCAUUUUACCCAGACCCCUUUGUGCCGACCGCCAUCUUAGUGCCCAUUAAUGACGAGAGCCAGAACAUGGGCAGCGACACCAGCAGCCUGGUGCAGUCACACUCGCUGAGGAAGCGCGAGGCGGUGGAUGUGCCAUACCAAAGCGGCCAGCUGCACCCGGCCAUCCGCGUGGCCGACCUGUUGCAGCACAUCACGCAGAUGAAGUGCGCCGAGGGAUACGGCUUCAAGGAGGAGUACGAGAUCAAUGAGCGCUUCUUCGAGGGACAGUCGGCGCCGUGGGAUUCAGCCAAAAAGGACGAGAACCGCAUGAAGAACCGAUAUGGGAACAUUAUUGCAUAUGAUCACUCGCGUGUCAGGCUGCAGGCCCUGGAGGGCGAACAGAGCUCCGAUUACAUUAAUGCAAAUUACGUUGAUGGUUACCACAGGCCAAAUCACUACAUUGCAACUCAAGGCCCCAUGCAGGAAACAGUGUUGGACUUCUGGCGCAUGGUGUGGCAGGAAAACACGGCAGCCAUUGUCAUGGUGACCAACCUGGUGGAAGUCGGCAGGGUGAAGUGUUGUAAAUACUGGCCGGACGACACUGAGAUCUACAGAGACAUCAAGGUGACGCUCAUCGAGACUGAACUCCUCUCCGAAUACGUCAUACGAACUUUCGCCGUGGAGAAGCGAGGCGCUCACGAGAUCCGGGAGAUCCGUCAGUUCCACUUUACAGGCUGGCCCGAUCACGGCGUGCCCUACCACUCCACGGGACUACUGGGCUUCAUCCGUCGCGUCAAGUCCAAGACCUUGAGCAACGCUGGGCCCAUGGUGGUGCACUGCAGCGCCGGUGCCGGUCGGACGGGUUGCUUCAUUGUCAUUGACAUUAUGCUGGACAUGGCCGAGCGCGAAGGCGUGGUGGACAUCUACAACUGUGUCCGGGAGCUGCGAUCACGCCGGGUCAACAUGGUCCAGACUGAGGAGCAGUACGUCUUCAUCCACGACGCCAUCUUGGAGGCGUGCCUGUGCGGCGACACCACCAUCCCUGCCGGACAGUUCCGCUCCGUCUACUACGACAUGAACCGACUCGACCCGCAGACCAACUCCAGCCCUAUCAAAGAGGAGUUCCGGACGCUAAAUAUGGUGACGCCAACACUGCGGGUGGAGGACUGCAGCAUCGCUCUGCUGCCCAGGAACCACGAGAAGAACCGCUGCAUGGACGUGCUGCCGCCUGACCGUUGCCUGCCCUUCCUCAUCACCAUCGACGGCGAGAGCUCCAACUACAUCAAUGCCGCACUCAUGGAUAGCUACAAGCAGCCGUCGGCGUUCAUCGUUACGCAGCAUCCUCUUCCCAACACCGUCAAGGACUUCUGGAGGCUAGUGCUAGACUACCAUUGCACCUCCAUCGUCAUGCUCAAUGACGUAGACCCCGCACAGUUGUGCCCGCAGUAUUGGCCUGAAAACGGCGUACACCGUCACGGUCCCAUCCAGGUGGAGUUUGUCUCCGCGGACCUGGAAGAGGACAUCAUCAGCAGAAUAUUCCGCAUCUACAAUGCAGCACGGCCUCAGGAUGGCUACCGCAUGGUGCAGCAGUUCCAGUUCCUGGGAUGGCCUAUGUAUCGAGAUACGCCCAUGUCCAAACGUUCCUUCCUCAAGCUCAUCCGCCAAGUCGACAAGUGGCAGGAUGAGUACGAUGGUGGAGAGGGACGGACGGUGGUCCACUGUCUGAACGGCGGUGGUCGCAGCGGGACCUUCUGCGCCAUUAGCAUCGUGUGCGAGAUGCUGCAGCACCAGCACGCCGUUGAUGUCUUUCACGCCGUCAAGACGCUGAGAAACAACAAGCCUAACAUGGUAGACCUGCUGGAGCAGUACAAGUUCUGCUACGAAGUGGCUCUGGAAUACUUGAAUUCUGGCUAA